AAAUACAAGCCGUGUGUAUAUAUGGUACCAACGUCAAAGUACUUCACAGACCAGCGUACCACCACAUGGCAUCUCUUCUCUCUUCAAAACAUACACAACAUCAAACUUCAACCCGACGCACCCGCAACGCCUAGGCUCCUCGCAGUAAACUGUUCUCACUAUCCCAACAACAACAAUAACAGCAUCAUCAUCAUUAUCAUCAUCCUGAGAAUUAUGUCCGGAUCUGUGUACACCAGCAUGUCGCAUCCCAGGGAUGAGAGCCAGUAAGCAGAGGAUGUAGCACGUCGUCUCAACCUGCCCAAUGAUAAAUGUGGAGGGAUUGGCAGUCUCGUCUGGCCCUAUCUGUAGAACAAUCACAUCCAAUGCAUUUUAGCGACUUUAUCCAGUGCAGAACAAGCACAUUCUCCUCAUUCGAAGCUUUCUACUGGGAAGGAUGCGGGGGCGUCAGUCACUUUCAUGUGUAUUUCUCAAAGCCAAGCUGGGGGCUUGUCAGUAACUUUGGUGAUGACAUAGGUAGGUAUUCAAUGUUGCCUGCAUAUGUAGGAGUACAAAUUCCACCCUCCCAGCUACGUGCAUUAUGGAGCAUGGAGUACGUACGUACAUGCCCAGCAUACAAAUCGUAACAUGAAAGGAAGCUCUUCGCCAUUUCAUCAUUCUCACAGAUUCCCAGAACUUCUCAUCAAUUCCCACCAGCUUACGAUGAACAACAGGCCUCCUGGUUGGUCAUGGUACAUACCGAUGCCUUGGACAUGGGAGGCACCACUCUUCAGCACCCAUUCUUCUACGCACGAUUGUCCUGCAUCAGAAUCCUUCGCCUCAUCAAACCCAUGGAAAUUAAUCGGUAAUGUCUCCGCGCCCCAGUAUGCUCCCUGAACCCUCUGUCGUGAAGAUGAGCUGUGGAUAUCGAGCAAUCAUUUCAUUUUCUUAAUUGAAAUGUAACAAAAAUGUCCACAUUGAUGAUCAUAUCAAAAUCAAGAACUCUCAUAACGCAACGAUUUUGCCUCUUUCACCUCUUUUGCCUCUCUCGCCUUCUUUUCUAAAUUCAAAUGAUUUCAUUUGUUUCUCCAUCAUAUGAUUGCAAUAUCUCCCAUUCCCCGUAUCAUUUUGGACAAACAAUAUCAAUCAUCCGACUCGAAGAGAUCCCAGGCUCCCAGGGAGUAAUAACUGAGAUCAGCAUGGAGAACUGCGGGGACUCUAGCAACUGAUCCAACGGCUUUCGGGUAGAGCCCUUAAAGUGCUUCUUUUCCUUCCAUGCUCUGCCCCAAUCACAGCGUCGUUCCUGAAAAUACUUCCCGAGAACAUGACGAUAAGUACUGGUACACAAAAAACAAAAGUACACGUUCGGCGGAACGGGCGCGAGGCACGGAACGAUACGUUUACUUGUGAUUUCUAGCCUCCUUCUAGCCCUACUUACUCAAGAAUCAGAAGGGUUUCCGUUCACAAGUGGAGGAAUAGCUCGGCUAUUGUUCAACUCGAGUCAGUAUUGCACGGAAAAAAACAAAAUCUACUCGGAGUCUCUAGGACGAUUCUAAUUUGCGCCAUCGAAUGUCUCAGACUCGAUGUAAUAAUGGAACAGAUUCAAAAGAAAAUAAUGCGCAUCAUCGAAAGAGAAAGAAAGAAAUGCAUGAAAGAGACGGUAAAUGUGCCCCAAUCAUGUUUCGUAAGCUCCUCCAAGGAGUCGGGCACGAGUUUCAAAGCCUGUCGACCAUAUGUAAUCGCGGUGCCGUACCGGCGUCUAGAAAUAUCUGGGACAGAGAUUCACGGAAGGGUUACACAGAAGUUCUGGUGCUCACUAUAGAGACCGCGAUGCGACGAUCGUUACACAAAGGGCGAACCAAAUCAUCGAAACCAGUAUCCGAUGCAACGGCUUCAUUGACUGAUGCCCGAAAAGUCCGCGGCAAACAAGGAUAUGCCAAAUAA